UCAGUCUACGAGACGACGCGAUCCUUGAUUGACGCGCCUACUUGCGUCAUCACACGUUAUCAGUUUAAUCCUAAGUGAAAACGAGCUUGUAGGUGUCAGGAGAGUCCCGAAAGGCGUUGGAUAUUGAUAAGGAGCACCGAAAAUCUCUGACAAUUUGGUAUUACGUUGAUCUUUUUUACAUUUUUUCUGGGAAAUAAUCUCUGAGGAGCACGGCAUCGACCCCACGGGCGUGUACUGCGGCACCAGUGACCUGCAGCUCGAGCGCAUCUCCGUCUACUACAAUGAGGCCUCUGUUGCGACGGCGGAGAACGGCGGCAAAUACGUGCCCCGAGCCAUCCUCCUCGACCUGGAACCCGGCACCAUGGACGCCGUGCGCUCCGGCGGCUACGGCCAGCUCUUCCGCCCCGACAACUUCGUCUUCGGCCAGUCCGGCGCCGGCAACAACUGGGCCAAGGGUCACUACACAGAAGGCGCCGAGCUGGUCGACGCAGUACUCGACGUAGUCAGGAAAGAGUGCGAGAACUGCGACUGCCUCCAGGGAUUCCAACUCACACACUCCCUCGGAGGAGGCACAGGAUCCGGCAUGGGCACCCUCCUCAUCUCCAAAAUCAGAGAAGAGUACCCCGACAGAAUCAUGAACACAUACUCCGUAGUCCCCUCCCCUAAAGUCUCAGACACAGUCGUCGAACCAUACAACGCGGUGCUCUCAAUCCAUCAACUAGUCGAAAACACAGAUGAAACUUACUGCAUAGACAACGAAGCUUUAUACGACAUCUGCUACAGAACCCUUAAAGUGCCCAACCCUACGUAUGGAGACUUAAAUCACUUGGUGUCCCUUACUAUGUCAGGUGUAACAACGUGUUUAAGAUUCCCUGGACAAUUGAACGCAGAUCUUCGCAAAUUAGCCGUCAACAUGGUACCCUUCCCGCGUCUCCACUUCUUCAUGCCCGGCUUCGCUCCUCUAACUUCGCGUGGAAGCCAACAAUACCGCGCUCUGACUGUUCCUGAAUUAACACAACAGAUGUUCGAUGCUAAAAACAUGAUGGCUGCCUGCGAUCCACGUCACGGACGGUAUUUGACCGUUGCGGCGAUCUUCCGUGGAAGAAUGUCCAUGAAAGAAGUAGACGAGCAGAUGCUAUCAAUUCAGAACAAGAAUAGCAGCUUCUUCGUUGAAUGGAUUCCAAAUAACGUCAAGACAGCGGUGUGCGAUAUACCUCCUAAAGGGCUCAAAAUGUCAUCUACCUUCAUCGGUAAUACCACGGCUAUCCAGGAGCUUUUCAAGAGAAUAUCCGAGCAGUUCACCGCUAUGUUCAGGCGCAAGGCGUUCUUGCAUUGGUACACCGGCGAGGGCAUGGACGAGAUGGAGUUUAACGAGGCUGAAAGCAACGUUAAUGACCUGGUCUCCGAGUACCAGCAGUACCAAGAAGCGACCGCGGAAGACGACACGGAGUUCGAUCAAGAAGAGAUGGAGGAGCUCGCCCAGGAUGAGCAACACGACUGAGUUUGAAUCUUUAUACGCCCAAAUCUCCUAAAGGAAAAGGAUAAACGAUGUGCCAGAGUAUUACAUAACGGCUGGACAAUUUCCAACUUUGAUCGCCAAUCGACACAAUGGUGCUUAUUUCGCCACAUAAAUCCUAAACAAAAUUAAUAGAUCUAUGAUAAGUGUAAUUCUUUUCCGUAAAGACCAUUUUGAAAGGGAUGCCACUUUUAUACCUGUCAAUUUAGUACAUCUACCCAAGCUGAUUUCAAUGAAAACAGCCAAUCUUGUGGCAACUAGAUAUAUAUGUCGAUAAGUGCGUGUAGUUACAGCAACAGCUGGCUUCAUUUUUUCGCGAAGGCUCCGUCUAUCUUUUUCAUUUAGUCUAUAUCUCAAAUAUACUCUAAUAAUAAUUUAUUAUAUUUUCACGAAAAUUAGAGGCUAAGUCAGGAAAUUCUCAAAAAAAUACCAAAGUGUCUUUGGAACAAAUUUUAUAAGCACUGAGACUAGUCAGGGGUCUCUGACCGGUCGUCGAAGUGAAUUUUAAUAUUUUCUAUUGAAAUGAAAUGAAAUGAAGUAUUAUUCUCGAAAUAUUAUGAUGUCUAUUCGAUAAUCGAUGGAACAGUACCAAUCUAUGCAUUUCUUACUGUUUAAGUUAUUUGUCUUGUAUGCUUUUAUAUAUUAAUUUAUAAAUAAACGUUUUAAAGAAA